GCUGCCCCCUCCCACAUCAUCUUUACACUUGGAAACUCCAGGGCUGACAGCCUAGAGUCUCUGUGACUCUAUGUUUCCUCCUGCCUAUCUCUUCAUCUCAGAAGACUCCAGAUAUAGAAUCACUCCAUGCAAUCAAGAAAAGUAUUUUAAGCAUUGGAACAAAUUGGAAUAAUUUAAUUGAUGCUAUUGAGUCCAUCUCAGGCUGAUCUUGGUACCUCUCAUGCUCUUCCCUCUUCCACCAGACCUCUAUAUUCCAUUUUGGAAGAAGACUCAAAAUGGUGUUUCCAAUGUGGACAUUGAAGAGACAAUUUCUUAUCCUUUUAAACAUGAUCCUAAUUUCCAAACUCCUUGGGGAUAGAUGGUUUCCAAAAACUUUGCCCUGUGAUGUCACUUUGGACGUUCCAAAGAAUCAAGUGACUGUGGACUGCACAGACAAGCAUUUGACAGAAAUUCCUGAAGGUAUCCCUGCCAACACCACCAACCUCACCCUCACCAUUAAUCACAUAGCCAGCAUCUCCCAAGACUCCUUCCAUAGGCUGGACCAUCUGAUAGAGAUUGAUUUCAGAUGCAAUUGCAUACCUCCUCGAAUGGGGCCAAAAAACAAUGUGUGUACCAGGAGGCUGCAGAUUAAACCUAAAAGCUUUAAUAAACUCACUUAUUUAAAAUCCCUUUACCUGGAUGGAAACCAGCUUCUAGAGAUACCUCAGGAUCUUCCUCCCAGCUUACAGCUUCUGAGCCUUGAGGCCAAUAACAUCUUUUUCAUCAUGAAAGAGAAUUUAACAGAACUUGCCAGCAUAGAAAUGCUCUACCUGGGCCAAAACUGUUAUUAUCGCAAUCCUUGUAAUGUUUCAUUUUCAAUUGAGAAAGAUGCCUUCCUAAACCUGACAAAUUUAAAAGUGCUCUCCCUGAAAGAUAACAACAUCACAGCUGUCCCCACUGUUUUGCCAUCUAAUUUAAUAGAACUGUAUCUUUACAACAACAUCAUUACAGAAAUCAAAAAAGAUGAUUUUAGUAACCUCCACCAAUUGCAAAUUCUUGAUCUAAGUGGAAAUUGCCCUCGUUGUUAUAAUGUCCCAUUUCCUUGCACACCCUGUGAAAAUAAUUCCCCCCUAAAGAUCCAUGAUAAUGCUUUUGAUGCAUUAACAGAAUUAGAAGUUUUACAUCUACACAGUAACUCUCUUCAGAAUGUGCCCCCAGCAUGGUUUCAAAAAAUGAAGAAACUUAAAGAACUAGAUCUUUCCCAAAACUUCUUGGCCAAAGAAAUUGGGGAUGCCAAAUUUUUGCAUUCUCUCCCCAACCUCAUCCAACUGGAUCUGUCUUUCAAUUAUGAACUUCAGGUUUAUCAGGCAUUUAUAAAUCUAUCAGAUGCAUUUUCUUCUCUGAAAAAACUAAAGAUUCUGCGGAUCCAAGGAUAUGUCUUCAAAGAGCUGACAAGCAGAAAUCUCUCUCCAUUACGUGAUCUUCGUCAUCUUGAAGUUCUUGAUCUUGGCACUAACUUUAUAAAAAUCGCUAAUCUUAGCAUAUUUAAACAGUUUGAAGGAUUGAAAGUCAUAGACCUUUCAAUGAAUAAAAUAUCACCUUCAGGAGAAGUUGGCUUCUGCUCUAACUCCAGAAGUUUUGCAGAAAGUCCUUGGCCCCAGGUACUUGAAACAUUCCAUUAUUUCAAAUAUGAUGAGUCUGCAAGGAGUUGCAGGUUCAAAAACAGAGAGGCUCCUUCUUUCUUGCCUUUUAAUGAGGAUUGCCACAUGUAUGGGCAGACCUUGGACCUGAGUAGAAAUAGUAUAUUUUUUAUCAAGUCUUCUGAUUUUAAGCAUCUUUCUUUUCUCAAAUGCCUUAACUUGUCAGGAAAUAACAUUGGCCAAACUCUUAAUGGCAGUGAAUUCCAGCCAUUAGUCGAACUAAAAUAUUUAGACUUCUCUAACAAUCGACUUGAUUUACUCUAUUCAACUGCAUUUGAGGAACUUCACAAACUGGAAGUUCUAGACUUAAGUAGCAACAGCCAUUAUUUUCAAUCAGAAGGAAUUACUCACAUGCUUAACUUUACCAAGAACCUAAAGUUUCUGAAGAGAUUGAUGAUGAAUAACAAUGGCAUCUCUACCUCCACUAGUAGGAUCAUGGAAAGUGAAUCUCUUCAAAUUCUGGAAUUCAGAGGAAACCAUCUGGAUGUUUUAUGGCGAGAUGGUGAUAAUAGAUACUUACAAUUCUUCAAGAAUCUAAUAAACUUAGAGGAAUUAGACAUCUCUAAAAAUUCCCUGAGUUUCUUGCCUCCUGGAGUUUUUGAUGGUAUGCCUCCAAACCUAAAGACUCUCUUCUUGGCCCAAAAUAGGCUUAAAUCUUUCAACUGGGGAAGACUUCAUCUUCUGAAGAAUCUGGAAAUUUUGGACCUCAGCCACAACCAAUUGAUGACUGUCCCAGAGAGAUUAUCCAACUGUUCCAAAAGUCUCAAGAAACUGAUUCUUAAGAAUAAUCAAAUCAGGCAUCUGACAAAGUAUUUUCUAAAAGAUGCUUUCCAGUUGCGAUAUCUAGAUCUCAGUUCAAAUAAAAUUCAGGUUAUCCAGAAGACUAGCUUCCCAGAAAAUGUCCUUAACAAUCUGCAGAUGUUGCUUUUGCACCAUAAUCGAUUUCUGUGCACCUGUGAUGCUGUGUGGUUUGUCUGGUGGGUUAAUCACACGGAGGUGACUAUUCCUUACCUGGCCACAGAUGUGACUUGUGUGGGGCCAGGAGCACACAAAGGCCAGAGUGUGGUCUCUCUGGAUCUGUAUACCUGUGAGUUAGAUCUCACUAACUUGAUUCUGUUCUCAUUUUCCAUAUCUACAGCUCUCUUUCUGAUGGUGGUUAUGACAGCAAGUCACCUCUAUUUCUGGGAUGUGUGGUAUUUUUACCAUUUCUGUAAGGCCAAGAUAAGGGGGUAUCAGCGUCUGCUAUCAACAGGUUCUUGCUAUGAUGCUUUUAUUGUAUAUGACACUAAAGAUCCAGCUGUGACAGAAUGGGUUUUUGAGGAGUUGGUGGCCCAAUUAGAAGAUCCACGAGAGAAACAUUUUAAUUUAUGUCUGGAGGAGAGAGACUGGCUACCAGGGCAGCCAGUUCUGGAAAAUCUUUCCCAGAGCAUACAGCUUAGCAAAAAGACAGUGUUUGUGAUGACGGACAAGUAUGCAAAGACUGAAAAUUUCAAGAUAGCAUUUUACUUGUCCCAUCAGAGGCUCAUGGAUGAAAAAGUAGACGUGAUUAUCUUGAUAUUCCUUGAGAAGCCCCUUAAAAAGUCCAAGUUUCUCCAGCUCCGGAAGAGGCUCUGUGGGAGUUCUGUCCUUGAGUGGCCAACAAAUCCACAAGCUCACCCAUACUUCUGGCAAUGUCUGAAAAAUGCUUUGACCACUGACAAUCAUGUGUCCUAUAGUCAGUUGUUCAAGGAAACGGCCUAGUUUUUUUUUUUUUUUCAAAAUGUGACUAACUUACUCAGGAGAUGCCUGGUUGCCUGAAUUUUCUCAUUAAUUUUUCACCACAAGUCUGCUUUGAUAUUCUCCAAGAAUUAGAAUUUCCUAUGUUGGAGGAAAGUCACCAAUGUAUGACAAAGAAGUUAGAAAGAUGGAAUUUAUGUAAUAUAUCAAGUCUUCUUUCUUCUUUCUUUGUAUCUCCAUUUACAUUUCAGCUUCUCAUAUCAACUCUUGUAUAAAGUACUUUUGGAAGACAGAUGGCAAGGAGAGAACAUGAGGCUCUGAUUCACCUGCAAUUAUGAUCAUUAACUAUAUGCACAAUCUUGAAAUUAAGAAGAACCAUACUACUACCCUUAAGAAGUUGGCAUAUGGGCUGGGGCUGUAGCUCAGUGGUAGAGCACUUGCCUAGCAUGUAUGAGGCACUGGGUUCAAUCCUAAGCACCACAUAAAAAUAAAUAAAUAAAUAUAUUGUAUCCAUCUACAACUAAAACGUUUUUAAAAAGAUGUUGGCAUGUUCAGAAAUAGGUAAAAAUACUAAAUCUCUAUGAUACCAAACUGUACCAGAGUGAGUUUAGUGAAAUAAAAACCCAGUUAACUCCUCAACAAAUUGCUUGCUAGUGCCCCUUCUGUGAAGACCAAAUGUUGGUACCACACAGACAGUUACUGCUUUUGUAUCUCUUGUUCUUGUAGCUUGGGUCUGUUGAUGGGUUUCAUAGGAAAAGAGAAACAUCAUUACUAUCCAUGAACAUGGUCUACCUAUAGGUGGAAAAAUAAUUAAAACAAUUUACCUUUAUGCAAAAUGAUGUUCUUUACCUUUGAUGAUAAUUUACUUGUGAAGUACUUUUAUCUGAACUGCAAAAUACUAUAUCCAAAGUAAAUUAGCCUCAUCAAAUGAUCUUUCAAACUACUUUGUUAACUAAUACUAUAUAUUUAAAAGUAUCUGCAAACUUGAUGCACCAAUAUUAUGUGGUCUUGAUGGUAAACCCUAAAAGAGGAUGAAAAGGGCAUGUAUUUAUAGUUAUCAAAGAUGACAAUUAGAUGGUUGACAACUAUACAAAUUCCUUUUUAUUUUUGAAGACAGGAAAAGAAGAAUCAGAGGUUGAUAAAUCUUAACAUUGAAAAAGUUUCAUUUUCAAAAAGAAUCAAAACAUUCUUAAGACAAACUGAGUAUAAAUUCACAUGAGUUCAAAGUUUGAAAUCUGAAAUCUGGCCAACUUGCUUUAUUUUAUAAAAUAAAAUUUCUACAAAUUUA